AUGCUUGGCAUUCAGGACGCAACGAAGCAGGAAAAAUCAAAGGUGGAUCUUGCCCAGCUGAUAAACAAGAAGGACACCGACCUAAGGGUGAUUACAGUGGGCGGAAAAGGUGCUGAUCUUGGGCAUACAUCGAUCAUCCGGGCAGUUUACAAGGAUCCAGAGAUCAAAAACAAUUUUCCGUGCCGAGCAUGGGUGAGGUUGAUGCAUCCUUUCAGUCCAGAAGACUUCAUUCAAAGUUUAGUAGAGCAGCUUCACGCAUCCGAAGGAGUUGACAUUCUGCUGGAAACAAAAAAGAUGGGGAAAGAGUUAGCUGAGGAAUUCAAUGGAUAUUUCAAUGCUAAGAAGUUCCUGAUUGUGCUUAAUGACUUAUCAACCAUUGAAGAGUGGAAUCGGGUUAAGAGGUGCUUCCCAAACAAUAAGAAAGGGAGCCUGAUAAUAGUGUCUACAAGGCAAGUUGAAGUUGCAAGCUUAUGUGCAGGACAAGAAAGCAUAGUAUUUGAGCUCAAGCAGUCGUCUGUUGAUCAGAAUAUUAAUGCUUUCUAUGAGAAGCUGCAUGGUGGGAAUCAGUUUUUGUUAUCACUGAUCCUUCCAAACUGA